UUGUAGCGAAAAAGAAAAGGAAUUGUGCAGAAAGGAUUUGGUGAUUGUUGAUUUGUUCCAUCAGGAAUUUUGUGGUAGGGGUUUCGUUAUGGGAUCGGAUGAAGGAAUGAGUUGUUCAACUUCAAUUCCUAUCGAUUCCUCCAACCUUGGUUUUAAGUUGUUAAAAAAGCAUGGCUGGAGGGAAGGAACUGGACUUGGCAUUGCUGAACAGGGCAGAUUAGAACCUGUUCCAGCUUAUAUCAAGAAAAAUAAGAGAGGAUUGGGAGCAGAGAAGCCAAAGAAGGCAGCUGCUCACCCAAAAAGUCCCGGACAUUCCUCUGACAGGAAGAUCUUAAAAGAUGGGGACAAAGAGAGUAAAACAAAGGGGAUGUCUAAAAAGAUGAAGAAAGUGGUGGAGUUUGAGAAGCGCAUGCAAGAGAGAGAAUUUGAGCGAGCAUUCUUUAGGGAAUUCUGGCCAGAUAAUGUUUAGUUUGUCCGAUUCUUUGCCUAUAUGUUUUCUGCGUCAUAUAUCUAUCUACCUUUUGGAUGGAUAUUCAUUUGAACACAUGUACAAUGAUAUCCAACUUUGAGCCCGUUUGGAUGGACCCUUUUUAGCUUUUGAACGUGUUUGCCUAAUGCUAACUUUAAGCCAUAAAGUUCUUAAAGUUAGUCAAAAAUGAAAAGUUAGGAUUUCUAACUUUUUUUUUCUAAGUGCUUAAAGUCAUUUUGUUUGACCAUGAAAAUUACUUUUAUAUCUCUUAUAUUUUAACUAAAUUUCCAAACUA